AAUUAAUUUAAAAAGUUGUCAAUAGUAAAGUUCUAAUCGAAUAAUCAUCCCUUGCAAAUUCAGUAUUCAUUAAUAAUUUUUAUGCAAGAAGUGUAUAAUUAAAAUUAACUGAUUAUCUGAAUUGUUUAAGUCUGAUCAAGCAAAUGUCAAUAUAUAGAACGUCGACUCUGUCAGAAAACUGUUAGUAUAACUUUAGAGCUUGAAUUAGUCACGACAGACAAUGAAUAGAUUUGUGUUUGAAAUAUUACCAAUAGUUUUCAUUGCCAUCGUCCUAGUUAUUUUAAUAUUUCGAUGGAAAAGACGAAGGCUCUACGAGUUAGCUAACAAAAUACCUGGUCAAAAUGGAUUACCAUUUAUUGGACAUUUACAUAGAUUAUUAAAUCCUGAUAUGAAGAAUUAUUGUAAAGUUAUUUUUGAAUUGUGUGAUAAAAAUUUUCCACUUUCAAAAGGAUGGAUUGGACCAAAAUUUACAGUUUUAACACAAGAUCCUGAUACUAUUCAUGCGAUUUACAAUUCACCUCAUUGUAUGAAUAAACCAACAAUAUUGUACAAUGCUCUUUACACAAAGCAGGGUCUUUUGAGUGUUAAUGGAGCUAUGUACGAUAAACAUAGGAAAAUUUUUAAUCGAUCGUUCAAACCAAGUAUUUUACAAAAAUUGGUGCCAGUUUUUAAUCAAAAAUCAUUGAAAUGUAUGGAAAUGUUAAAAGAACAAUUAAAUAAAAGUGAAUUCAACAUGUACAGCUAUACUGGAGCAUGCUCCUUAGAAGCAUUUGGAACAGGACAGUUGAAUUUUGAAAAGAAUUUUUAUGAAAGCGAUGUCUUAAAUGCGUUUGAAGGAAUGAAACCAUUAAUGAUGAAGAAAAUGUUUCGAAUUUGGUUAAACAUUGAACCUUUAUACAAAAUAUCAAGAUUAUAUAAAGAUCUUCAGAAGGAGUAUAAUGUGCUUGUGCAUUUUAAAAAUCAAGUUUUGAAGAAAAAUUUGGAAGAAAAUUUAGAAGAAAAGGACGAAAUUUUCGUAAAACAGUUGAUGGAUAAAAAGAAUGAACUCAGUGAUGAAGAAAUAAUAGACGAAGUUGUUAUUUUCCUAAUUGCUGGAUAUGAAACAUCUGCUCUUACGCUUUCUACAAUUCUUUUAAUGCUUGCAAUGCAUAAAGAUAUCCAAAAGAAAGUCACAGAUGAAGUUGAUCAAUUUUUUGAAGCAGAAGAUGGAAUGAUUGGUAGCGAAAAUCUUCAAAAUUUUCCCUACAUGGAAUUAGUAAUAAAAGAAACAAUGAGGUUAUUUACGGCAGGUGGAAUUAUAGCAAGAGAAACAAGUGAAGAAGUAAAUCUAAGUGGUUAUACUGUUCCAAAAGGAACUGUUCUGGCUAUUUGUGCACAUCAAAUGCAUAGAAAUCCAAGAUUUUGGGGAAGCGACGCAAAUGAGUUUAAGCCUGAAAGAUUUAAUUCUGAAAAUAUUAAGCACAUCAAUCCACAUGCAUAUGCACCUUUCUCUGGAGGACGAAGAAUUUGUAUUGGCUACCGUUAUGCCAUGAUGUUUAUCAAAAUAUUCCUCAUCCACUUCUUUAAAAACUACAAUGUCAGCACUUCGCUGAAGUUUGAGGAAUUGGAAGUAGAAAUGACACCAACAUUAAACAUUGCACAAGGUUAUAAGAUACAAAUUCAGAAGAGGUCAUAAACGAACCAGGAACAAGUAAUUCUGACUAGAAAUUACAAUCAAUGAUCAUCAAAAGAUUAAUGUGAUUAUUAACAUUCUUUCCUCAAUCACUAUUGCACUCAAUAAUUUCAUUUACUUUUUUUCUCUCCGUUAUUCAUUCUUACUUGAUUUACUAGCGGUAAAGCAAUUAAUUAAAACUUUACAUCUAAUUUCAAGAAACAGCUAUUUAUUGCUUAAAAUUACUUUAAGUAUAUAUUUAAUUAAUAAUAGGUGUUUAUUUUAAUCGCCUUUAUUACCGCUAUGAUUUAUGGAAUAAAAAAGACAAAAAAAAUAAAUUAUUUAUUAAUAUGUAUAUCAUGAUGUUGACAAAGAUAUCACUUAAAUCAUUAUUGAAUAGAUUGAGAUGUACCAAAUUAUGAUGUCAAUGAUUGAUUAUAUUAAAUUUUAUGAAAAGCUUCAUGACAUAUUGCUGAUAAUUAAUUAUUUUGAUUUUUAAAGUUUCUUAAGAAUUCUUUAGAAUUUAAGGCAUAAGAUAUUAUGCAUGAGAUCAACGAGCUUAACCCACACUACCGGAAAAAAUAGUUGAAUAAAAUAAAUUCUUUGCUCAUGUAACUUCCUUAUUGCGAGCUAUGUGAUUUUUAUUUAUGAUUACAUACUAAUGAUUA